UUUGAGGGCAAAAUAAAUGGUUCGCUAACAAAAAGGCGAAAAAAUACGCAAAAAGGGACUGUCGGUAGCGCGCAGUCGAGCAGAAAACAACAUGAACUUUCCUCUGGCCAACGCUAACAAGGACACCUUGCGAGCGGCCUGCAAAAAAUGCGGCUACGCAGGUCACCUGACUUACCAAUGCCGGAAUUUUCUCAAGGUGGACCCCAACAAAGAGAUACUGCUCGAUGUGGAGAGCACCAGCUCUGACUCGGAAUUGGACUACUUGACGCCGCUGACUGAGCUGAGGGCCAAGGAGCUGAAAGGCGGCGUCGAGGCAUCAGCUGCACCGCAGCCGCCGCUGACAACAGCAACAACAAUCACUACGACCACGACUGCUGCACGCAAAGAAGAUAAGAAGCGCAGCAGCAGUAGCUCGAAGAGGAAUAAAAAGGCGGCGGUGGAGUCCACUGACACGAAACAAAAAAAAUCAGUGCGACACAAGAAGCGCAAGAAGAAGAAGACCAAGAGCAAGAAGCACAAGAAGAGCGAGGGCGGCGGCGGAAAGACCAACAGUAAGUCAAACAGUAGCAGCGGUGGCGGCGGCGGCAACAGAGAACUGGCCAAGAAGCACAGCAGCAGUGUCAGUAGCAGUACCAGGAAGACGAAGCGCCGUCGCUCUUCCAGCACCUCAUCUUCCUCAUCCUCGGACACAUCCACAUCGGAGUCAUCCAGUAGCGACACUGAAUCGGAUUCCAGCGACAACGAAGAGUCCAGCACGAGCGAAUCGGACGAAUACGGACGCAAAAAGAAACGGCAGGGCAAGUACAAGCGCAAGGCGGAGGAAAUGGCCAUGCUGCGUCGCAAGAAGACCAAAGUGAAGCGCAAGCGUCACCGUGCCGGCGGAUCGAGCGCACCAGCUGCAAGCAGCUACCUGAGCAGCCUCAGCGACAGCGACACCUACUAACUACAUAUUAACUAACUGAUGAAGGAAUGCCUGCCAGCAGCUGUGGUGCUGUGGCUGCUGUGGCUGUGUGGCUGCCCAAAGCACUAUCCGUAUCUAGUUUGAUUUCCGACUAGGUGUAAGCAAAUGACGAAGCCGCGACGAGUUAUACAUUAGGCCAUAAGUUACUUUGUCAGCUGUCGAAGCAGACAACAGACAGAGUCCGACAAGAGACGAUACCGAUGCACUUCCACAGUGACAAGAAUCACUACCUUUAUACGAGUACUACCUUGUUUAUACGACGCUAAAGAUACACUAAAUGAUGAUAACGAAUAUAACCCCCUCCUGAACGAAUCAGGGGACAAGCUAAACGUUAUCAAUUUUGUAGACUGCCGGAUAAUGCCAAUUCCGAGCUCCCAAAAAACACUGAACCCUAGACUUGUACAACCCCCUAAGUUUAAGCGAUGAAGAAACUUGAUGAUACUGCAAGAUGCUGCAAAUACAAGAAAUAGUUUGUACAAAUCAAAAAAACAAGGAAAA